GAUUUCAAUAAGAUGUUAAAUGAGGGAUGUUGGUAGCUCCUGAUGUCUAUUGCCACCUCCUUAGUCGUAAUAAGGCUCUUAUAAAAUGCCCUAAUAUCCAUACAAAAGAGCGCCAUAGACCAGCGUGUGUGGUGAUACACACCCAGUCCAUACCUCCUUAAACCUCUUGCUUUGCACUCAUCUUCCUGCCAUACCAUCGCCAAGUGCAAUGUCUUCUCAACUUAAUCGAUACUGGAUACCCAAUUUUGAUAUCAACAAGAGAGUCAUCACCAAGGAGAUCCAAUAUUAUCUGGGACCAGAGUCCACGCUGAGGCCAUAUACACGAGACGGAGAAGACGGGUAUCUGAUUAGCACACCAGGAGAGUGCUUGACAGAUGAACAGAUAGACGAUAUCUGUAUCAAGUCGAAGGAGCUCUGGGAAAAGCAAGCAGCAGCUCGAGCCAAGAAGGAAUCAGACAAGCAACUAAAGCGGCCUCUACACCAGCCAGUCGUCAUCUCAAGAGGAUCAAAGCACCGUUCUCCAAGAUUCCAUCGUCCGCAUCAUAAAGGUUCAUGAUAUUCGAAUGGCCAAGACUUCAAAUACUAGGGGCAAAAUGAUCCUAACGAUGCCAGUAUCCUACGAGUGGAUAUUUCAACGAGAGAUAAAGAGUGUGGUAUCGUGCUUGUUCCAUAGAGCAAAAGGGUUCGAAGUUAAACACUGUGCCACAUGGCAAAGAUACUAAGCUGUGCGGAAGUAAAAGUGCAUACCGCUUGCAUACAUCUUAUUGUUGAUAUUGAUAUCCUGGUUUCUUAUGUAGUCUUCUCUGCAUUUUUGGGGGGUUUGCUUACUGGCGUAUAAUCUGCAUAUCCCUCUACAUACUUGCCAUUAUUCCAGUAUAGGAAAAUUCAUAUGUUGGCACAAUUCUCUCCGAAAUGUAAAUACGGUGAACAGAAAUCA